CGCUCGGACUUGGCGGUCCGUGUUUCAGCAGGUCCAGUUGCUCUUUUCCGGCCCCGUGUGUUGAAGAGAAGCGCUCCUAGCCGGUCCCAACGCAGGACGAACCCAACUCGUCAGUCAGCCAAGGGAGAUAAUAGCGAGUGUCUUUUGUAAGAGACCCGGAGUCCGGAUUUGAAUUUUAACGUAGAAAUUUCUCUCGAAUCUUGUGCAUGUGGUUUGCGGGUCCGCAAGUUUAGCAUGUGUUAACAUGAGUUUUGUGGUUCCCGUGAGAGACGCGCAGCAGAAAAUGGAGUACCAGUUGCCGCCGCCGCCGCCCGCCGCGCCCAACAUCAACGGGCACCAGGUGCCGGUCGGUGUGAUGCAGGGCACCAUGACCCACGUGCAGGCCCAUCCGGACGAGUCGCACAAAUGGACGCAGUACCAGCAGCUCUGGAGGCAGCACGUUUACAUGAAUGGAAACAGUAAACCGCCCCAUCCUCACAGUCAUGGACACUCGACAGUCAAAGACUUAGCCGGUUGCAUAUUAGGCGACGACAAAAAUAAAGAUGAGGGCGAACUGUGGAGUACUGUGGAAGCACAAACAGCAUUCCUCGGACCAAACUUAUGGGACAAGACUUACGAAACAGACCUUAAGUACGUGGACUUAGACGAAUUCCUUUCGGAAAAUGGGGUCUCGAUGGACGGACUGGGUUCACAUGGAACCCUGGGUCCAUUAGCCAGUUCCCAUCCCACCGUACCUAAACGCGAAAGAUCUCCAAGUCCGAGCGAUUGCAUGAGCCCGGACACCAUCAAUCCACCAUCACCUGCCGAUUCUAUUUUUUCUGAAGCGUUAUCAAUGGCUUCGAGUUGUCGCGACUUCGAUCCACGGACAAGGGCAUUUUCAGAUGAGGAUCUCAAGCCGCAGCCCAUCAUCAAGAAGUCGAGGAAGCAGUUCGUUCCCGACGACCUCAAGGACGACAAGUACUGGGCUAGACGCAGAAAGAACAACCUGGCGGCGAAGAGGUCGAGGGACGCCCGCCGCAUGAAGGAGAACCAAAUCGCCCUCAGGGCUGGCUACCUUGAAAAGGAGAAUUUGGGACUUCGCCAAGAACUGGAACGACUGAAAAAAGAGAACCUUAUGUUACAAAACAAAUUGGCGAAAUACGAAGAUGUUUAAAAUUCACUGAAGACCCGCUACCUAUUAUGAAAGAAACAUUUCACACAUAACAGCCGAUCAUAAUUCAAUCACUCAUCCGACUCGAAAACUUUAUUCAGUGAAUAAGUGUUCCUUCAAAAAGGCAACCAAACAUUUGUAUAUAUAAACAUACACAUUUUAAAGUAGUCAUCAUGUAGUGUUAAGUUUAUUACUUUAGUAGAGAAAACAAUUAAAAAAGCAUAAUUAUUUUUUGGAUCACUUUGGUCAGAAAUAAUUUAGUCUUGUGUAAUUAAAAAUUACCAUUUAGAUUUAAUUUAUUUCGUUAAUAAUUGUAAUAUAUUGUAUAAAUAUAAUUAGAACAAAUUUUUGUGAUAUUAAUUUCAUACGGUCUAAAACCAUUAGAUUAGUUUAUUCUACGGUUCUACUUUCGAUUGUUAUUUUCAGUUGACUCAUUAUCAUGUGUAUUAUGUAUUGAUCUUCCUAGACGUUCUAUAUUAGAAUUUGCCAAUACUUGCUUCAUAUCCACGAUUUUUCAUCUAAAUCAUUUCUGACCACUACGUGUUUUUUUUUUCAAAAUAUUACUGCCUAAAUCAAAUUUUCGUAGGCAGCAGACCUCUGUUAUAUUUGUAGACUAAUUGUUGAUUGUUUUUAUGUUUAUAUAGUUUAUUUUUUGGUUGAAGUUAAUUUAGUGGUACUCUUUAAGCGACAUAGUAAAUUCGUAGUGUGCUCACAAAAAUUUACAGGGAUAGAAAUUGUUAAAGCACUUUAGAGCGGUGCUUUAUAGGACAAUGUGCUACACUAAUUUAAUAAAUUAUUACCGAUGAUAUUUUGGUUUUUCGUUUAUUGACUUAUAAGGUUUUGUGUCAGUUUCGUAUAAUUUUGAUAUUUUCACUAUUGGGAUUUCAAGAGUACUAUUUACUUAGGCGUCUGUAGUUAAUAGUACGUUUAAAUGUUUUACAUUGGACUUAGACUUAUUGGAGGAACUUCUUAGGGCUGCUAUCAGCAUUUUUAAACCAUAGAAAUUACAGUUAACGAUUUCAAUAUUGUGGUAGACAAAGAAUUUUACUUAAUGAAUGCUGUGUUCAUGAAAAAUGUGAUUCUUUUUUCUACUCUUGUUUUAAAAAAAAUUAUAUAAAAGCGUUGUUAAAUUUAAAAAUUACACACAGAUAAAAGAGAAAUGUAUAGUGAAAAUAUGAAAAAGUCUAAAAAAAAGAAAUAAUUUCAAAAAUAUUGAGGUUGAUAAUAACGGUUGUCAUGAGUGCUAUCUUAAAGUGAUGUGAUCAAUGUUAAGAAAAUAUACAAUGUUACCAUAAUAUUAAGAAAAUAUAACCAUAAAAAUGACUGCAGUUGAACAUUUCAUAGUUCUUCUUUACCCUUUAAGAACUGCCUUAGUGGCAUGCCUUAUAAAUUUAAAUUUUUAACUUUUAUAUUUGUUGGAAAAAAAUGCUUCCACUGCAGUGGACUUUUAUAACUGAACUGAUAUGCGAAAACUUAUUUUUCAGUAAGAAAAAAAUGUUUAUAUGUAUUUACAAAAUGUUACUGUUAAAUGUAUACUACAUUAUAUUUAUUUAUAUAAUUUGACUUUACAAUUGUACACUUAAUGGCCUCAAUGUUUACUAUUUUGAAUAAAAAUGUUGUUGUAAAUUUUAUAGACUAUGCAGCUUCUUUUGCAAAAACCAGUACAAUGUAAGUAACUAACGUAGUUGGAACAGUGUUCAAAACAUAGUCAAGUACAAUUACAAAUGGUUAAAAAACUGUAAUUGCUAUGUGAGCAUUAAAUGAUGUAAAGUUUA